AUACGUCAAGAGAAAAGCCAGCAUAGGACUGUGACGUAUGCCAAUGCCAGCGUUAGGCGUGACUAAUAAUGCGUCUGAUGUGGCGUCACUGGGCGUGUCUGUGCGCCUCCAUCACGGGCCUCAGUCUGUGCAUAGCGCCACCCAUUCCUCGUCUGGAGGGUCUUCGGAUGACGUCUCUUGGCUGGAAGUGCUGGGUUUUCUGGGCAGGCUGCUGGGCGCAGUCGCCGCGCUGAAAACGGCUGAGUACUUGCUCCGUGCGCUGUGUGUAGUUAUGGCCUGGAAGUCAGGGGGAGCCAGCCACUCCGAGCUGGUCAACAAUCUGCGCAAAAACGGAAUAAUUAAAUCAGAUCGUGUAUUUGAAGUAAUGCUGGAAACAGAUCGCAGACACUAUGCAAAAUGUAAUCCAUACAUGGACUCUCCUCAGUCAAUAGGUUAUCAAGCAACAAUUAGUGCGCCACACAUGCAUGCAUAUGCGCUAGAACUCCUUCAUGACCAGUUACAUGAAGGUGCCAAAGCUCUUGAUGUAGGGUCAGGAAGUGGAAUCCUUACUGCAUGCUUUGCCAGGAUGGUUGGGCCUAAAGGACGUGUAGUAGGAAUUGAUCAUAUUAAAGAAUUAGUAGAGGAUUCUGUAAAUAAUGUAAAAAAAGAUGAUCCUACAUUGCUUUCUUCUGGCCGUGUGAAACUGUUAGUUGGAGAUGGGAGAAUGGGUUAUCUAGAAGAAGCACCUUAUGAUGCUAUUCAUGUUGGGGCAGCAGCACCAGUUGUUCCUCAAGCACUUAUAGAUCAACUAAAACCUGGAGGAAGACUUAUACUACCUGUCGGCCCUGCUGGUGGAAACCAAAUGUUGGAGCAAUAUGACAAGCUAGAAGAUGGAAGUGCCAAAAUGAAACCUCUGAUGGGGGUGAUCUAUGUGCCUUUAACAGACAAAGAAAAGCAAUGGUCCAGGUGGAAGUGAUUUUCUGUUCCACUUUCUCCUUCCAAAUACACAAAAGGGAUGAAUUAUAACGGCUCAAUCACUCCGAUCCAAACAUAGUAUUAUUGUGCCCACCUGCACUCUUCAGAAUCAGCAACUCAGCUUGUUUUGAACUUUGUUACUCAGUUAAAAGCGGCAUGAAAACGUAGGGUUUUUCUUUUUUGUUUGAAGAUUUUAAAAUUGUAAAAAGAGAUUGUAAAUCUCACUUGAAAAAAAUAGCAUUUCCGCAUUUUUCUUUUCAAUUUUAAGUGUGUUGAUGCAGAAUUGCUUAAACGCAACAAUACUCGCAGUGGGUUGAUUUUGCAUUUUUGUUUUCAUCUCUGGAUAAAUUUGGACUGUAAUGUUCACUUUGGUCAUCAAAUGACACUACAGUUACUGCACAACAUCAAGUUUUUGCUAAUUGCUGCUAUAUAAAUGAGCUUCCUUUUGAAAGUUUUAUUUUUAUGUGGAGUCGUAGACUAGCAUGUGGAUUCAGCUUUACCAUACUACAAAAAAAAGUGUAUGUCUGAUCUUGUCCCAUCCUGAAGAGGCCACAGACCGCCCUCUAGUCUUCACUGCAUCAAAGUGAACAACUGUCUAGCUAUCUUAAUCUAUUCCGAUUGACCAUAUUUUUUUUAUCCUAUAUCAGAGUAACUGGCAUUCUGCUGUCCAAGCUCUUACGCGGUUAAUGCAGUUUUGCGUUCACUUCUAUGUAUGACAUGACAUCAACAUGUGCUAUGUAAGCAUUGUUCUUAUUAAUUGAACAGUUUAUGCUUAUUUGCCAAAUAAAGUAAAAGGAAAAAAAACAUGUGACUUUUGUGAAGCAUCAAAUAGGUUUGGGACAC